CAAGGGUUCUUUCUUUGCCCUCUGUAAACAUCGAGAAAAAUGGAUAAUCGCAGUGAUUCUGAGGUUGAUUGGGAAAAUGAAGUAGACGAAGUCUGGGAAGAACAACUGGAAUUCAAUUGUUUGUUCUGUAAAAAUGUGUUAAUGUCCUUAAAUGACUUAUGGAACCAUUGUAAAGAAGCACACAAUUUCGAUUUUCAAAAAGUAAAGAAUGAUCAUCACUUGGAGUUCUACGACUGUAUUAAACUUAUUAAUUACAUCCGAUCCCAAGUAGCAAAAGAGAAGCCUAUUGAUUUUAACAAUUUAUCUACUGUACUUGCUUCCGAUGAAUACAUGAUUUCCGUAUUCCCUGACGAUGCUGUUUUGUUUUCUUUGGGAGAUACUUUGGAUUCUGACUUUGAAGAAGACGCUCUCGACGUUGCUGUAGAUCAUAAACACACUGAUUCUAAUAAAGACGAGCUCAAGUCGUUAAGAUUACAAACGAAAAUGCUGUCAACCCAGUUGGAAGAAAUCAGAAAGGAAAAAAUGGAAGAACUUACUUCCCAAACUGCAAGCUCAUCUUUGCAAGAACCUGGAAAAUUGAUAGACAAUGAUUCUUAUUACUUUGAGUCGUAUGCUGGGAAUGAUAUCCACUUUGUCAUGCUGAGUGACAGUGUACGGACAGAAGGAUACAGAGACUUCAUCUACGAGAAUAAAAACCUUUUUCAUGGAAAAACAGUCUUAGAUGUUGGGUGCGGAACAGGCAUUCUGUCCAUGUUUUGUGCUAAAGCUGGCGCCAAGCAGGUUUACGCCGUCGAUAACUCUGAUAUUAUACAAAUGGCGAGGACAAAUGCAUAUGAAAAUAAUUUGGCUGAUAAGAUUACGUUCAUUCGAGGAAAGAUUGAGGAAAUACAAGUCCCUGUUCCCAAGGUUGACAUUAUCGUGUCCGAAUGGAUGGGUUACGCCUUAACAUUUGAAAGCAUGAUUGAUUCAGUUCUCAUUGCUCGUGAUCGAUUUUUGGCUGCGGACGGUCUUAUGGCUCCUUCAGAAACGCGGUUGGUUUUGAGUGCAACCACCAAUAGUGAGAUUUUGGAGGAACCUCUCGAUUUCUGGAGUGAUGUUUAUGGAUUUAAGAUGAAUUGUAUGAAAGAUGCUUCUUAUAACAGAGUCAAUGUGGAUGUGAUUCCUGCUUCCUAUGUGAAUGCGGAACCCGUUGAAUUUGCUACCAUCAACAUGCACACAUGUCAAGUACAAGAUGUUAGCUUUAAACAUCCUUUCUCUCUUACUAUGAAGUCUUCCGGUCCUUUCUGUAGCUUUCUGGUUUGGUUUGAUACUUAUUUUACCACCUCAAAGCAUCAACCCGUUCCUUCGUCCGUAGAUCAGUCUUUUGGUUUCACAACAGGACCCCACGGUACGCCUACUCAUUGGAAACAAUGUACGUUAAUUUUACGUGAACGUCCUCAUGUCGAAGCUGGAAGCGUGAUUCAUGGAUCCAUUGCCUUUAUUAAAAACUCUGUCAAUAAUCGUGAUUUGGAUAUUGAGGUUUCUUAUCAUGUUAAUGGACAAGACUACACACAGUCCUUUAUUUUGAAUUAAACAACAAUGGGGGUAAUAUUUUUUGGACCGAUUCUAUAUAUUCGUCUUUCAGUUAAUAUAUUUUCAUCAGGGUUUGACUCUGUUCAGCCAUUAUUUACGGGCACAAAGUUGGGAAGUGGUUAAUCUAAGUAUGGAUGGAUUCUUACAUAGAGAUAAAAUUUUUUUUUUGGUAUUGACACUUAAAUAAUUUUCUUUUUUGACACU